GAGUUGCACUUUUUAUGAAGAUCAGUUUGGUACUUCGCAAUCGCAGUCGCUCAACUUUGAAGUUGAACCCUUCGCCUGUACGGACAAAUCAACUCGGUGGACAUGGCAAGGCGCUGUUGGCAUAAACUGAAAACGACAUGUCGUUUCCAACUGUCUCGUCACCUUUCUUCUUCAACCUCUCUCCCGCCACCUCCUCUUUCCUCUCCCCGGAGGGUGGUCGUCACCGGGCUUGGGCUGUUGACUCCACUCGGGUGCGGAGUAGGAACAACUUGGAAGCAUUUGAUAGAAGGCAAGUGUGGAAUAAGGGCAGUAACCACAGAGGAUUUGAAGAUGAAUGCUUUUGAUAAAGAGACACUGACGCUUACCUUCGAUCAGUUAACUUCUAAAGUUGCUGCAAUUGUGCCUUGUGGGACUGCCCCUGGUGAAUUCAAUGAGGACCUUUGGUUUAAUGCUAAGGAUCAUCGAUCAAUUGCAAGAUUUAUAAGCUAUGCAUUAUGUGCUGCUGAUGAAGCUUUAAAAGAUGCAAAAUGGGCACCCACUGAUCAGGAACAGAAGGAAAGAACGGGAGUCUCUAUAGGUGGUGGGACUGGAAGUAUUAGUGAUAUUUUAGAUGCAGCGCAAAUGAUCUGUGAGAAGCGUAUUCGUCGACUAAGUCCAUUUUUCAUACCAAGGAUACUCAUCAACAUGGCAUCUGGUCACGUGAGCAUGAAAUAUGGAUUCCAGGGACCAAACCAUGCUGCAGUGACUGCUUGUGCAACUGGGGCUCAUUCUAUUGGCGAUGCUAUGAGGAUGGUUCAAUUUGGAGAUGCUGAUGUUAUGGUUGCUGGUGGCACAGAGUCUAGCAUUGAUGCUUUGUCAAUAGCUGGAUUUUGCAAAGCUAGAGCUUUGACUACCAAGUAUAAUUCUUCCCCUUCAGAAGCUUCACGACCUUUUGACUGUGGCCGGGAUGGGUUUGUGAUAGGUGAAGGUUCUGGUGUCUUGAUAUUAGAGGAACUUGAGCAUGCAAAAAGUAGAGGAGCAAAAAUUUAUGCAGAGGUCCGUGGAUAUGGGAUGUCAGGUGAUGCUUAUCACAUUACUCAACCACAUACUGAUGGAAGAGGUGCGAUUUUGGCCAUGGCACGUGCUUUGAAACAAGCUGGUCUGCAUCCUAACCAAGUGGACUAUGUGAAUGCUCAUGCUACUUCUACACCUUUGGGUGAUGCAAUUGAAGCAAAUGCAAUCAAAGCCAUGUUCACUGACCAUGCAACAUCAGGUUCUUUGGCCUUCUCCUCGACAAAGGGUGCUGUCGGUCAUCUUCUUGGUGCAGCCGGAGCUGUUGAAGCAAUUUUUUCUGUUUUAACCGUACACCAUGGGAUUGCACCUUUGACACUAAAUCUCACUAAACCUGAUCCCAUAUUUAAUGAUGCUUUCAUGCCUUUGACUGCUUCCAAGGAAAUGCCAAUUAGAGCUGCGUUGUCUAAUUCUUUUGGCUUUGGAGGAACAAAUGCGUCCUUACUUUUUGCAUCCCCCUCCUAGAACAGAUUGAUUGGCCAAACUUUUUGGUAUUGUUAGCUGCAGAAAAACAACUUCAUUAUGUGACUGCGGAAAAUUUUGAGCUUCAGAUUCUUUAAGAUCAACAGUCAGCAAUAGCUGCCAUAGAGCCGAGGGAAAUGUAAUGAUGGUUCUCUUCGCACCAUGAUUUAUGAGACAUUUAUGAUUAGGUAAACAUCAAAGAAAGUGAUACAAAUUGAACUGUGCCUUUGGUCA